GGCGUUCCCUAGCAACCGGCAAACAACAGCGAGGCGGGGGAGAGCGCUGGCGAUAGGCCCCGGCGGCACCCCUGGGCAGUGGGCACCCCUCGCCGCGGGAAAAACUUGAAGCUGGUGGCAAAGGUUGCAGUAACACAGCCACAAGCUCUCCUAGAGAAGGGCACUGUCAGCUCCAGAAGUGGAUCAAGUGAUAAAUAACUGCUCAGAAGUUAUCCUUACAUUCUUCUCUCUCUACCCCAUCUCCACAGGAAGUAAUUGCCCCCAGAACUGACCUCUGGUUUCUUGACAAAGAGAAUGGGUAAAAAAGUAAAGAAGGAAGUGGAGCCUCCUCCCAAGGAUGUGUUUGACCCUUUAUCGAUUGAAAGCAAAAAAGCAGCAACAGUGGUGCUGAUGCUUAAUUCUCCAGAAGAGGAAGUUUUGGCUAAAGCGUGUGAUGCUAUAUAUAAAUUUGCAUCAAAAGGUGAUGAAAACAAAGUGACACUCCUUGGUCUUGGAGCUGUGGAACCUUUAUUUAAACUAGUCUCACAUGAAGACCCACUUGUGCGCAGAAAUGCCACCAUGGUAUUUGGGAUCAUGGCUUCUAAUAAUGACGUCAGAAAAUUAUUAAGAGAGCUAGAUGUCACAAAUUCAGUCAUAGCUCGGCUGGCACCAGAAGAAGAUAUAGUUGUCCAUGAGUUUGCCAGUCUUUGCCUAGCACAUAUGGCAGUCGAAUAUACCAGUAAAGUGCAAAUAUUUGAGCAAGGUGGACUAGAACCACUUAUCAGAUUGCUAAGUAGCCCUGACCCUGACGUUAAGAAGAACUCUGUUGAAUGCAUCUAUCACCUCGUACAGGAUUUUCAAAGCCGUGCUGCAGUUCGUGAACUAAAUGCUAUUCCUGCCUUACUGGAACUGCUGAAAUCUGAAUAUCCAGUUGUUCAAUUGUUAGCUCUCAAAACCUUUGGUGUAAUUAGCAAUGACAGAGAAACCAGGAUAAUACUGAGAGAAAACCAAGGAUUAGAUCAUCUUUUUAAGAUACUGGAAACUAAGGAAUUUAAUGAUCUUCAUGUGGAAGCUCUUGCAGUAGUGGCAAAUUGUCUUGAGGAUGUGGAUACUAUGCAACUAAUUCAGCAGACAGGGGGCCUUAAAAAGCUACUUUCAUUUGCAGAAAUGUCUACCAUUCCUGAUAUUCAGAAGAAUGCAGCAAAGGCAAUUACUAAAGCAGCUUAUGAUCCUGAAAAUAGAAGAAUUUUGCAUGAAGAAGAGAUUGAAAAGUGCCUUGUAACCCUUUUGGGAACUGACAAUGAUGGUGCUAAAGCUGCUGCUUCUCAAGCUAUUUCUGCUAUGUGUGAGAGUUUAGCAAGCAAAGAUGCUUUUGGAAUCCAAGGGAUUCCCCAGCUAGUUCAGUUGCUAAGCAGUGAGAAUGAAGAAGUAAAAGAAGGUGCUGCCAUAGCUCUGGCUAAUCUGACAACAGCCAGUCCUAGCAAUGCAAGUGCUGUUGCUGAAGCUGAAGGAAUCGAGCCAUUAAUAAACGUCCUGAGUGCUAAGAGAGAUGGGACUAUUGCUAAUGCAGCUACAGUACUAACAAAUAUGGCCACGCAAGAGCCAUUACGUUUCAGCAUCCAGAGUCGUGGUGUUAUGAAUGCAAUUGUAGAACCACUACAGUCUACCAACAGCCUGGUACAAAGCAAAGCAGCACUCACUGUGGCUGCCCUUGGUUGUGACGCUGAUGCAAGAACUGAAUUAAGAAAUGCAGGUGGACUUGAACCACUCGUUAAACUGCUACAUUCUAAGAAUGAUGAAGUCAGAAGAAAUGCCUGUUGGGCUGUUAUGGUUUGUGCAAGCGAUGAACUAACAGCAGUUGAACUUUGCAGGCUAGGUGCUUUAGACAUCCUGGAAGAAAUUAACUUGUCAACAGGGCGCAAAAAUAACUUCAGUGAAGGAGCUCUGGACAAGCUACUUGAUAACAACCUUUCCCAAAAAUACAGCCAGAUGGGGUACUUAUCAUCCAGUAACAUAAUUACUGAUGGGUUCUAUGAUUAUGGUCAGGUAAAGCCUGGAGUGAAACUUUUGUCUUUGGAGGAACUGAAUUUACAAGAACUUAAUGAUCAUCGUGCUAUAAUUUUAGUUAAUGCUAAACUACCAGAUGUUUCCUUCAGUGCAGAGGACAAAUCACAAGAUCGAUAUGAUGGAAGAACCACAUCUUCUUCUUCUUCUAUUAGAAAAAGUAGUAAAGAAAGAGCAAGUAGUGCAGUGGUAUCUCCUGUGGAGGAAAAACAAGAAUCUUCUGGACGAUCUCCUUCUUCUCUCAGCAAAAGCAGCACUAGAGAGAAAGGCUCAAGAAAAGGGAAAGGAAAAAAAGAAGAAGAAAAACCAAAAGAUGAAGAAGAGUUGCAAACAAUGUCUAAAAUCCAGCAGGAAGUAAUUCUUGAAAAGGUACCAUGGCUGCCACCAUUUGACUCCAUUUUACUGGAUUACAUUACGGAUGCUUCCAAAACAAUCCUACCAUUAACUACUACCAAGGAACAGGUUGUGGCACUUGCACAGUUUGUUGCAGAUAAGAUGGGUGGCCCAAUUGAAAGAGACAAAUUACAUGAAUUCAGCUGGGAACUUCAUAUAAGUGAAAUUGAAUUUGAACUGAAAUGCAAUGUUGUACCUAUUGGGAAAAUCAAGAAAGGGACUUUCUACCACAGGGCUUUGCUUUUCAAGGUUAUAGCAGACAGAAUUGGCAUUGGCUGUAGUUUAGUUCGUGGAGAAUACGGCAGAGCUUGGAAUGAAGUUAAAUUAGUUGACGAUUCUCCUCAAGGAAUAACUGGGCUUCUGCUUCCUCCUCAAGUGUAUAUUUUAGAUCUAAUGUACCAGCCAGGCUGCUUAAUGAAGCAAGGAAGUGCAGAGGCAGACCACUACCAACAUAUUUAAUUCUAAUGUCAGAUCUCUUUCAAAAAGAAAAUAUUUUUUAAAGAGAUUUCAUUAAUAAAUUUGUAUGAAACAUAAAGAUUUGUGGGCCAAACUUUCAAACUUUGAUGCUGAAAUUAAAGCACCUAUUCCCACAUUAAGUUGUCUAAAGAGGCACUUCGGUUUCUAAAUAUCCAUUUUAGGUGUCUACUCUAAAUCCUUGUUUGUGAUCCAGAAUGUGAAUUUAAGCAUCUCAUUUUAGGUAUCCGAAUUUGACAUCUUAGACAUUUUAUUUAUUUUAUUUGAUGCUUUAUUAUAGAAUAAAAAGUAGAAAUCCGGACUGUCAA